UUGUUUUUGAAUCGUUGAUACGAUAGAGUUGCUAUUCUAAGAGGAAGAACUAGUUUUCAGAGACGCAAACCCAAAUUCUGCAACAAAACUCAAGACAUCUCUGUCAUUAACGGCGACUCCAAAACAGCUGGAGACAAGAGUUUUGUCCCCUUGCACAUUUGUUGACAUUUUGGUUGAAGCUGCCCUGCCCACUUCGAGCACCUUUACCGGUUGACGGACGCUCUCUUCAUCAAACUUUUCCUUGUCCAGCAGCGUUUUUACAACUCUAAAAGAUAUGACUGAGGAACUCAAGUCAUAUCUCAACAAGUUGAUGAAAACUGUUGAUGGCCUGCAUGCAAUUAUAAUCACAGACCGCGAUGGAGUGGUGAUCGUGAAAGUGUCAAGCCAGUUAGCUCCUGACACUGCGCUGAAGCCGUCGUUCCUGUCUGUUUUUGGCGUCAUGACGGAGCAGGCCAGCAAAAUGGGCAUUGGCGUGAACAGACGGAUCAUCAACUUCUACGACAGAUACCAGACCGUCCAGUUGAACAACAACCCCAUGCAUGUCCACUUUAUCGCUGACCAGGAAGCCAACACAGGAAAUAUUCUGGAGCUCGAAAAUGACCUUCUGGACGUCCUCAAAGACAUUUCAAAAGUUGUAACAAUGAUGUAAAUGUUAAUCAGGGAAAUACUCUUGCCAGUCAAUGGGUUUGAUAUUUUAUACUUUGUGUAGAGCAACUGUGCAGAAUGAUUGCUGAAUGAGUCUGACUGUGAAGUCUAUUCUGACUACCCUUGGAUGUUACCGCUACAUUGUUGUUGUUUGGUUGGAUGACGACGUCACAACAAAUUUGUUACAUUAUUACUGCAAAACUGUUGCUUUGGUUUUUGAAAAUAUGGUCGGAGUAAUUCUCAUACUCAGUUUUUCCUUUAAAAAAAUUUUUUUUAAAGAAACUACAGUGGAGUCCACUAAAACUUAAACCAAGCACAGUUAAUCCUAAAACAGCAGCAAACCGAAAGAAAAGAAAAUCGUCGAAUUUUUAACUUCUGUUCGAGCUACCUCUUGAAAACCAAAAAACCCGGUUAACCAGAGAAAAUCUAGUGGUCCAGCAAAUUACGGUUUAGUUUAAGCAGACUCCACUGUUCAUGAGUUGACAGUUUUUCUGAUGAUAUCAUGUGAGAUUGUUAUUUUCAACAGCAAAAGGAAGAAUGUGUGUAUCACUGCAGAGAGAAUGAUAGUCUGAUUGAACGUUUCAUUGACGUGAUGGUAUGAAAGAGGAGACUGAUGGUGGAACUGUUUAUAGGAGAAUGAACGAGAAAGUUGUUGAUACUGUUAAAAAGCCUGCCAAGUCUUUAAGCAAGCAUGUUCAAAGUAUUGUGUAUUAUGUGUGAUUUACAAGUGUGAUUAAAUUGUUCAAUUUCCAAG